AUGGUCAACUCCUGUUGUGGCUCCGUCUGCUCUGACCAGGGCUGUGGCCAAGGCUGCUGCCAGACCACCUGCUGCCGCCCCAGCUGCUGCCAGACCACCUGCUGCCGCCCCAGCUGCUGUGUGUCCAGCUGCUGUCGCCCUUCCUGCUGUGGUUCCAGCUGCUGUGGUAGCAGCUGCUGCCGCCCUUCCUGCUGUGGUUCCAGCUGCUGUGGUUCCAGCUGCUGCCGCCCCACCUGCUGCAUCUCUAGCUGCUGCCGCCCCAGCUGCUGCAUUCCUAGUUGCUGCCGCCCCUCUUGCUGUGGCUCCAGCUGCUGCCGCCCCAGCUGCUGUGUGUCUACUUGCUGCCGUCCAGUCUGCUGCCAGACCACCUGCUGCCGCCCAGUCUGCUGUGGAUCCUCUUGUUGA